AUGAAGUGUGCCACUCUUGUCGCUGUCGCUCUCACAGGCCUAGCUGAGGUUGCACAUGCUCAUUACAUGUUUCAGUACCUUACAGCGAACGGUGUAAAGGGAGGCUUGUACCAGAACAUACGACCCGUCCCAAAUAACAGCCCUGUCACUGACCUCAAUGACCCCAACUUGCGCUGCAAUGUCAACGGCGGAAGUGGAGCAUCCACGACCACUGUAUCCGUGGCUGCCGGCUCAUCUGUCUCGUUCACCGCAGACCAGGCCGUAUACCACCAGGGCCCAGUUGCAUUCUACAUGCAGAAGGCCGCCACCACUGCCGCAGCCUCAGAUGGAUCGGGCGACUGGUUCAAGAUCAAGGAAAUUGGUCCCACAUUCACCAACGGACAAGCCACAUGGGACAUGAGCAUAACCUACUCCGUCACAAUCCCCUCCCAGGUGCCUGCCGGAGAAUAUCUCCUUCGCAUCGAGCAGCUCGGUAUCCACAACCCGGGCAGUACACCCCAGUUCUACAUCUCCUGCGCUCAGAUCAAAGUCACUGGCGGCGGUAGUGGCAAUCCAUCCCCUACCACCAAGAUCCCAGGACAUGUCAAGUCGACCGAUCCCGGCUACACGGCCAACAUCUACAACAACUUCAAGUCCUACAUUGUUCCAGGCCCCAAGGUCGCAACCUAUUGA